AAACGACCGCAUAGAGUUUUUAUGCUAGCGGCCGGCCCUGAUUGUAAGCUGCCGUGGGGCAGCUGAGGGAUAAGAAACACUGAGGGGGUCGAAAAAAACAAAGUCCCACCCCUCCCUCGCUUGCUUUCAGCCUGACUAGCAGCCAACACUUGCUAGCAGGAAACUCGAAACAUAUGUUGUCAUUUAGGCUAGUCCACAGUUGUGUUAAGUAAAUUAUGCAUGUUUGGAAAAUUCAAGACAUAAACACACUUGUACAACCGAAAAACACUUCCGGUUUCGUUUUUUACUUACAGCGGUAGUUUUCGCGGAAAUCGAUGUGUGUCUUUCGUCCCGGUACUCACCUACUUUCAGUUUCAGUAUUCAUCACCAUAAUUACACAACCGCCAGGUAUAUAUAUACUGUAGCCUGUACACGCUUUGGAUCCAGAGCUGAAGAGUUUGUGGAAGUUCCAAGACAGAAAAUUUCCACGGUAGAACAGAAUGGCCUGCAUUUACGGCGAUGUUAACAGGAUCGAAACAACAGGUGCAUCACGACAAACCGCUAAUCAGGACAACCUGCCUAUGCAGGGGGUGAGUGCCUCCCAUGAGCUGGCCAGGACUGAUCUGAGCAGAGUGAACCAGUAUAAAGAUGCCAUCCAAAGAGCAGCGCAAGCUCACCAAAUAGACCCAGCUGUGGUCGCCGCUAUCAUUUCCCGCGAGACUAGGGGAGGGUCCCCUCAUGUUAUGAGCAAUGGCUGGGGUGACCAUGGCUACGCCUUCGGGCUUAUGCAGGUUGACAGGCGGCACCACAAGCCAGAGGGGGAGUGGAAUAGUCAGCAGCACAUCAUUCAAGGCACUGGAAUUCUGGCUUGGUUCAUCAACCAGAUGAAGGCCAAAUUCCCAUCCUGGUCCAAGGAACAACAACUUAAAGGUGGAAUAGCAGCCUACAAUUGUGGAGAUCAGCGGGUCUGCUCUUAUGAGGAAAUUGACAGCAACACCACCAGGCAUGACUACUCCAAUGAUGUUGUGGCCCGGGCCCAGUUCUACAAAAGGAAUGGUUUUUAAAGAGAAUAAUGAAAAUAAUUAAAAGGAAAGAACUGAAAUCUUAUAAAUCAUCAGACACAUUAUAAAUAAACUAUAUGGACUC